GCCUCACGGAUCUACCUCUCGAACCACUACGCAUUGAACCCGGAAGAUCUCAAACUCCCGCGCUGAACGCACACUACGUGUCUUGUGCGGAUCUAGUUAUCAGAAUGCAGAACCCGCCAAAAUCCCUAGCAAAGCAUAAUAAUGACCGUUCGACUGUACACCAGUCACACCGGAUACGAAGAUGGGCGGUUUUCCAAAAUUAUUUCAAAACAUUCCCUGCCAUCAUUAGAGUGACAGAAAUUAUUUUCAUGUUGACGCUAUUCGGCAUAAGCUGCGUUGAGAAAAAGUUUCUAGCCACAGGUGGUUCGUGGAUGGUGAUCACGGUCGUGCUGGCAUGCUUGUCUUCGCUUUGUUUUCUUUUGUUCCACUGGUUCUUGCUCCAUCGGUUUGUUGCGGCUCCUUGGACGCUGAUAGAAUUUCUGGUAGCUGUUACAAUAUGUCUUCUGAUAUUUUCAAGUGGCGUCCUUUCCGCCGCAUACUCCCACAUCGGUUCCGUCAUGAUCGCACAGACGGUUCUUUUGUUUCUGGCGUUGGCUGUUUACAUGGUGAAUGCACUGAUUACCUUCAAAAUUCUUAUGGCUGGUCGCUACUACGAAUGAAGCUCUGAUGCGCCUCUCAUUACCCACUGCCCGUCAAUGGACUGUGGGAAGCGAUGCAUUUUGAGUGAACUGUGAUUGUACUCUGCAAUCCACUCUGUCUUCGGAUGACCUCACACGAACUCACUUUUGUUGUGUAACUUCACCUCAUCUCGCCAGUGGAAUUUGUUGGCGGAAAACGUCCAAAUUGAAAUCUUACACCUAGAUUGCUGUUAGGCGUUUUGUUCCCACAAACUUGAGUCCUUUAUGAUUUAUUGUAACGUCAGUUUCUCCCCACCCGUAUUAUUAUAUGCAUCCCAGUUCGGACAAGUGUUUCAUCAAAAGAUUGACAGGGGUGCCAGGAACAGAGGCUUGUU